GCGGUGGUCGUCCACUUCACUACCGCCAUGGAUCCGCUGCCCAUUGGCGACUGCUAUGACCCGGGCGACUACUACAAUCCCGACUACCGCUGGCUGGGAAUGCAAGAAGUGGAAGUAAGAUCUGAGGCUGUGGAGGGGGCAGCCUUCGAAGCCGAAGAAUACGGCCUCUUUGCUGAAGGCAUUCCAGGCCCCAUGGGCGACGUUAACUACCAGGGCAACGUCGACUAUGAAGAACUCUUGAAUUAUGUCAACUAUCAAGGCAUCGUCAACCAUGAAGGUGACGUCAACCGUGAAGGCAACAUCAACGGUGAAGGCGACAUCAACCCUGAGAGCGACAUCAACCGUGAAGGUGUGGUGAACCAUGACGGCGAAGGGAACCAGGAGGUCGAUGGUGGCAUUCAGGAGCUGGGGCAACAGCACCCUGAACCGCCACCCCAAGUGGCAGCCGCAGCGGCUCCGCGGGCCCAGGGCAGGCCACACGGAGUCCCGCGCUGUAAAUUCACCGCGUUUCAGGUGCGGGAGCUGGAAAACGUUUUCGAGCGCACUCAAUAUCCUGAUGCUAACACAAGAAGAGAACUUGCGAGGUGCAUGGAUGUGACCGAAACCAGAGUGCAGGUUUGGUUUAAGAAUAGGAGAGCCAAGAUGAGGAGAAAUGAGAGGGCAUCAAUGCUCAGAAACACCGCACCCACUAACCUGGACCGCCUGUUCAUCCUAAUGUUGGACCAGUCCUAGAAUGCCGUCUUGGUCCUGGAGCCGGGUUGGAGAUGGGUUCUGGAGCCCGUGACACCUGGGCCACCCUCGCUGCCUCUGCCACCCUUUUCUUCUCAGCAGCUGUGUUAUCAAUAAAGA